UUCAGAUCUGAGUAAAGUCAAAGUAGACUGUUUUUAAAGCGCAGACCUAAAAUUUGGUGCAAGCAUGAGCGUCAACGUCUGGACAGCGUCGAGUGACGGCGACAUUGAGAGCGUCAAGGCUUUUCUGGCUAGCGGAGGAGACGCCAACGCCAAGGACGAGAAUGGAUACACGCCACUACAAGCGGCGGUGAGCUACAAUCACAUGGAGCUGGUGGUGUUCCUGUUGGCAAGCGGCGCGGACGUCAAGUUGGGAGACAACGAUAUGGACACGCCGCUGCAUCGGUGCGAGACGGUUGAGUGUGCCAAGCUGCUACUCGAGCACGGCGCGGACCUGAAUGCACGCAACUCAGAGGGACAGACGCCAUACGAUGUUGCUAUCGAGGACGAGCACGCAGAGCUCAAGACGCUUUACGAAAACCUGGGAGCCGAAAAAUCGGACAAGAUUCCGGAAGAGGAGGAGGAGAGCUACCCAAAUGGCGUCUACCUGGAAGGAUAGUUGCAUUUUUGAAAAGUAUUUCGACGUUGAUCUGCUACCAUAUUGAAUCUUUUCGUUGCAAUUUGAUUGAUCGUGUUCACUCAGCAAGAGGUUGUCAACAUGACCCG